UUCUCCUUGUCUCUGUCUCUCUCUUUCUCUCUUCUUCUUCUUCCACUCGUGAAAGAAAGACCAGAGAGUUUUCUCCUGAUCCCAAAUCCGGAAGAAACUUCCUUCAUUACUCAGAUCUACUCAAUUUAAGUUCAGUAACCGUCAGUAACCUGCAGGAAAUUCACUAUUGUACUGAAUAAUGUUCUCCACAGAGAUUCUUGUGUCGAUCAUUUUGACUUUUUCAGGAAGCAGAGAUGAAAAAUUAUAGUGAAGGUAGUAUUGUAGAUAGGUUUAUAAAAUUUGUAGCUUAGAAAACAAAAGAAAAAAAGAAAAAAAAUAACAACACCUUCAACUAAAAUCCAACACAAGAAACCAGAGAGACCUCUUAACGACAACAACCUCUCUGUACACAAGACAACAAACACUCUCUCUACAAAAGCAUCACUCUUUCUUCUUCUCUCUACUCUAAUACAAGAGAGAGAAAAAGCCAUGGAUGGGUACGAAGCAACUAGGAUUGUGCUCUCUCGAAUCCAGACCUUAGACCCAGAAAACGCAUCAAAGAUCAUGGGUCUUCUCCUUCUCCAAGAUCACGGUGAGAAAGAGAUGAUAAGGCUAGCUUUUGGUCCAGAGACUCUAGUCCACUCUGUAAUAGUGAAGGCCAAGAAAGAGUUAGGUCUCAUGAGCUGUUCAAGGCCAACAUGGAGUCAAGAGGAGUUAAUUAGCCCUAAGAACAACCGUGGCUCUUCUCUUAAUCCGGCUUCUUUACCCUUCUACGCUAAUGGAGGAAGAUCGUCAAGGGAUUUGACCAACGAAUUCGAGUUCAUGGAUGAUGUGAACCCAAGAGCUGAUUUUUUGGGCUCUGUGCAUGCGAGAAGCGGUAGCUGCGUUUUGGACGGUUUAGGGUAUGGUGAUUCCGAUUUAGGGUUUGGAGGUGUACCCUGUUCUUAUUUCGCUAGAGGCUUCUGCAAAAACGGAAGUAGCUGCAGAUUCGUCCACAGUGAUGUGGGAGCUGAAUUGGUUGGCUCUCCAAGCAGAAUCGAGCUUCUUAGGUCUAACUCGGUUCCUCCAAGACUCGCUCACCACUUCAUGACUCGCUCUUCUCUGCCUUCUUUCUCUCCAAAAGGCGUAAACUUGCAGAGUACUGAUGCUCAAAGAGCUGCUGCUGCUUUGAUGAUAGGAGAUGAGUUGCAGAAGCUUGGAAGAUGGAGGCCUGAAAGGAUUGAUCUCUCUGCUAUGGCUUGUCCUGCUUCGAGACAGAUCUAUCUCACAUUUCCUGCCGACAGUAGGUUCAGGGAGGAAGAUGUGUCAAAUUAUUUCAGUACUUUUGGACCAGUUCAAGAUGUGAGGAUACCAUAUCAGCAAAAGAGGAUGUUUGGGUUUGUGACAUUUGUGUACCCUGAGACUGUCAAGAGCAUUCUCGCCAAAGGGAAUCCUCACUUUGUGUGUGAUUCCAGGGUUCUUGUUAAGCCUUACAAGGAGAAAGGCAAAGUACCUGACAAAUACAGAACUAACCAAACAACGGAGCGAGAAUUGUCACCAACAGGCCUUGAUUCUAGCCCCAGGGAUGCUAUAGGAGGGAGAGGGUUUUAUAACAACGCCCAAGAUGUGUUGUGGAGGGGUAAGUUUGAAGAAGAGAUUCUUGAGCUUCAGAACAGAAGGCUAAUGAAUCUUCAGCUUCUUGACGUCAAGAAGCAUUUCCAACUCAAUUCCCCUACAAACAUUCUCUCCCCGAAUCCUUUUAGCCAAACACUCGCAUCUCCACGCCCAUUGCCGGUGAAAGGAGGAGAAUAUGUAGGAAGAGAGACAGGGAAAGAUAGUUCCAAAGAAGGAUCUGAUGAUGAUACAAUGAAUCUACCAGAGAGGUUGGAGGAUAGCUUGCCGGACAGUCCAUUUGCAUCGUCCGCUCAUCAUUUGCUUCUGUUUGCUGACUCUGCAGACAAUAAUGGAUCGGAUUUGUGGUCGCCUUCCUCUGAUAAUGACGAUAAUUCUAGUCCUUCUACGCUCUCUGACUCCUUCAACUCUUUCAACUACCAAAUGCCAAGGUUACCGCCUAUUGGAAUGUUACCCGGGAGAGGUGGACCGGCCUGUCGUGUUGGGAUAUAAGCAGGAAGAGACGUGAGAAAGAAAAAAGAAAAACAGAGGAAGUUAAAAAAAAAAACAACUGAUAAUAUAGAGACUCUUAAUAACCAAAGAUGCAGAGGUGUAAAAAAUAAAGCAGGAAAAUUUGAAGUAAUGAGAUAGAGAAGAGAAAAAAAGGAAGAUUGUUGUACCAUUUCUCUAGUUUUAAUGUGUAAUGUGAUGGACCACACAAGAUGAUGUAAUAUGAUAUGAUAUAUAUAAAUAUAUAUAGGACAAGAAGUGUAAUCUCUCUAAAGAUUUACAAAAAGAAAGGGAUUACAAUUUGGGUUUGAAAA